AUGACAUUUAUCAUCCUUUCAGCCUUGGAAUGUUGUCUCUUUUCUCCAAGCGAAGAACAGGAACAACUCCCGACUGAUGCAAGGUGGUAUUUCGGAGACAGGGUCAAAGGAGAGCAACUUGGAUGUCAGAUCAAGGAAAAGGUGACAGCUGACCAUUCAGAUGUGUGGGUGGUUAAUCUAUACUUAAAUGGAGAAGAAACCAGCAUAAAUGAAGCAAUUCUAAAGAAAAUUGAGGAGAACAAGCAGGUGAAAAGUGAAGGAAUCAUGUGCCGAGAUAUUCGUCUGCUAGAAAAGAAAGAAGACGAGGCAGAUGGUAUUGUAAGUAUACGUCACACUGUGAAUGGGUCAGCAGAUGCUGUAAAAGACGAUGAUGUAGAUGCUGAGCCCUCCAAUACUAGCAUUGAACAAUGUCAGUCAGAGGAGGUGGACUCUAUGCCAAUGCUGGCUUCUAUUGAAUCUAACAGCGAUGACAAUACUGCAAUUCAAAAUGCUGCCACACAGGAUGCAGAGAAUAUUACUCCGCCCUCUGAAAGUGCAAAAGAACAAGAACUUUCUCAGUGUGCAUCUGAUUUGUCUGAAAAAGCAGAAGAUGCUGAGCCUCCAGUAUCUGACUUACAUGUAUCAAACUUUGAUGAAGAAGAAGUAUCUCCUGCAUUACCUGUGGAUGUAGCAGAAAGGCCACCAAUAUCUACAGUUUCUGAUGAACCAGAUGUACAAGAAUCUCACAUGAUCAACAUAGAGGAAGAGGAGGAAAAACAGCUGGACAUAGGUGAAAGCAAUUCUCAUAAUGGGGCCUUUGUGGAUAAAGCCUUCUCACAAACAGACAAGAUGGCUGCAACAUCAGAAAAUUAUCCAAAACUUCAAAACAUUCAAAUGGUGAAAGAUGCUACUUUUAAACUGCGGGUAACCAGCCCCCUGUGUGUAGACGGCACAUUCCAAGUGUCUCUCAUUUAUAACCAGGAAAUAAGGGAAGAGUAUGAUAGGUUCCUGGAGGACAUGAGUUCUCAUGCAGAGCAGAGCCAGCCAGUAUGUGACAAUGUGUCUAUGGGACAGUUGGUUGCGGUGCAGUAUGAAGACAGGUGGCAGAGGGGGAUGAUGAAAGACCACGAUGUUGGACAGGGCUACGUACAAAUACAGCUGGUAGAUGAUGAGGGCCAGGUUGAACUCAUCAACAGGGAAACUAUCAGACUGCUUACAGAUACAUACAGCCUGCUGGCUCCUCAGUCUGUAAAGUGCAGCAUAUCCAAAGAGGAAUGCCCGGUUUUCUCUCAUCAGGCGAGAGAUACGUUUAAAGCUUUAGUUGAAGGGAGUGAACUUUCUGCCUUUGUGACAAAAGUCGUGCCAAAUAUCCAGACUUAUGUUCAACUUUACAGUGGUCAUGUAGACAUCACGCAGCAGCUUUAUGAUGCAGAGCUUUCGAAUGUCCAGGAAAACCAUACAAGUCCAGACUCCACAAAUGGAGUAGAAGUGCCUCACCAGCAGAACAACAUGAUGCUGUACACAGAGAGAGAACCAAGGCCAUUGCUGGGUGCAGGACAGCAAAACCUGCAUGCGUCUGCUUGGCUGGAUGCAGGGGCAGCGCCUUUUAUCCCUGCGGAACAGACAGGACCACAUGCACCACCUGGUGGACAUUUCCCUGGACCACACCUAGGACCUCACCCUGGCCCUCUCCAUCCUGGGGCACACCUGACCAGAUUGCCUUUUCACCUGCCUCCUCCAAAUAUGAACCAUAACAUGCAACAUAAUUUCCCCACUCUCCUAGAGCAGGGACUCCGCAUGCAGCAACUGCAGUUAUCAGCUCAUGAUUCUCGUGAGUCUGGUGCACCUAGAUUUAGAUCACCGCCUCAGAUCUACAGGGGGGAUGAAGGCUCAGCACAUCGCAGUCCACCUCAACAGAACACAGAGCGGUUCCCAUCUGACAUUAGAGGUGGCGUGGUUACACAGGCACGAGAGGGAAACCCCGCGCACGGAGAUCAGUAUCAAGAUAUGCCAGACAGGUGCUACACCACACCCCCUGCUAACUGGCAUCGAGACAGGAACCUGCAUAACACCACCAGAGGGCAGGGUGAUCAUCAGCAAGAUGGGGGAGACGGAUAUGAUGACAGUGUGUGGGAUGAGGAUAACAUGCCUUCCUUCCCAUUUGAUUUGAAUUCCUCGCCAUCAUCUGUAACGAGUGACUUAGGACCUCGCGCUUUGAUGCCUGGACAUCCUGAACAUGUCCCCAGGAGUAGAGAUUUGGAGAGCAGGGACCUUAGCAAUUUCAGGUGCUUUGGCUGCCAUAAAUUAGGCCAUGUUCAGCGUAACUGUCCACUAAAGAGAAGUGCAGGCUUCCACAAGUAUAAGAGCAAAGGGAAACGCCACUAACUUGGAGAGUUCAAGUGGAACUCCAUUCCA